GCGCGUGCUGUGUGACCGAACGACCGGCGCCGCACCGCCGCGGCCGACCCGCGGCCUCGUCACGUGACCCGGCCACGGAGCGGCCUGACUUACUCUGACCUGAGGCGGCACGCCAUCGGCGCCAUGUCGGCCUACACCCAGUUCGGUUACCCCUACGUGACGGCUGCUUCGCAGCUGCUGAUGCCGGGCCAGCCGAGCACGCCGAGCACGGCCGGCACGUCGUGCUGCGAGACGGGCCGGGUGGUGGGCACCGACCCCGUGACCGGCCAGGCCGUCUGCUCGUGCCAGUACGACCCGAGCCGGCUGGCCGCGCUCAACUCCUACCCGCGCCUCAGCACCGGCUCGACGCUGCACUACAGCACCAGCUACCCCAGCGGCGAGCAGAACCCCUACCCCAGCAUCGGCGUCGACUCCUCCUACUUCAGCACCUUCGGCACGCCGUACGGCCUGAAGGAGUCGAGCGGAGCAGACAUGGGCGUCUAUGGCGGCCUCGGCGGCACGGCCGGCUACGGCUACAGCCCCUACGACCCCUCGCUGUACGGGUACGGUGCGCCCUACGAUCUGGCGGCGAGAAGGAAGAACGCCACUCGCGAGUCCACGGGCACGCUGAAGGCGUGGCUGAACGAGCACAAGAAGAACCCGUACCCGACCAAGGGCGAGAAGAUCAUGCUGGCCAUCAUCACCAAGAUGACGCUGACGCAGGUCUCCACGUGGUUCGCCAACGCCCGGCGAAGACUGAAGAAGGAGAACAAGAUGACCUGGGAGCCGAAGAACAAGACGGAGUCGGACGAGGAGGCGGACGACAAUGCCGCGGAGAAGGACAAGACGGACAAGGACGAAACGGACGGUGAAAAAGAGUCGCCGCUGAGCAACGCCGCGAGCGAAGGCUUGUCGCCGCUGGCCCGGGCCGAGGUCAAGUCGGAGACGCUCUCGCCGGGCGGCGACUGGAAGGACAAGCCGCUCGACGACUGCAGCGACCCGCAGAAGCCCAAGAUCUGGUCGCUGGCCGAUACGGCCGUCUGCAAGACGCCGCCGCCGCCGCCGGGCCACGGCUGGCCGGCCGAGCGGCUGCCGGCACACACCGCAGCCACCACCUUCCCGCUGCCGCCCACCAUCGCGCCCGGCGCCGCGCCCUUCUCCCGCUACUCGCACCAGGCGCAGGCGCAGGCGCAGGC